AUGAUCCGAAUAAGGAGUAAGGAAGACUUCUUCAUUGGCGGUACAUCUCCAUGGCUUAGUCAAAAUAGACGUCGAAACCGUAAACAGUAUAUCGGUACAUGGCAAGAACAGAAUCAGUUACAGUUCCUUAAAGGAACUGGCGUCCCACAAUUAAAUACCUGGGUUAUUGAAAAUAUUGAAAAUUUGGAGGUUAAAGAGGCCAGGCUGAAGAAAUCCAAACCGGACGACGGAGCUUUGAUCGACGAGGCUGACGUACCUAAGCCGUCACCUCUUGCUCAAUAUCAGGUACCAGAGCAGUCGAUUGAUGAAAGACAGAAUGGAGGCGUGAAUACUAUCAUCCCUCCCCGGGCAGUCUCUAAGCAAAUGAGGAAUGAAAACGAGGAGGACCUAGGGAUUUACUUGACUUUAAGUCCAAAAGAAAAGGACAGAAACGCCAUUAAUAAAGCAUGCUACGAGAAUAGGAGCCUGCCAAUUCAUGAGGAGCAGGAUGUAGAAGAAGAGGAAAUUAAUGCUUUGCAGCUCAGCGAAAGUCUCAUGGAGAGCCACAGGCAAAGCAUCGGCAAACCAGAGGGACCUGAAAAUUCACAGGCAAGGUUGAAAAAUCGUUCCCCGUUCAACGAUUUCAAUAGCAUAGAAGGGUGUUUUUGCAAUAUUGAACCUCACACACCCCCCACAAAUCAAAAUCCACAAUCAUCACCCUCAUCAACCAAAUUCUCACUUACUAAAAAUAUACACCCCUCAUCAAGUAUCCAGAAACACCCUUGGUUGUCCCCUCGGGAAUCAGAAAUGCCCGUUACUCGCGCCUACAAAAGAGCGGCCGAGGUGGCCGGCGUAAAUUUUGAGGAGCAUGUGAGGGCCGAUUUCCAACCGAAGCGAAUCAAAGUCAAUGAUGGGCAAGACAAUUAUAACCCCCCAGCUGCCACUAGCAAGCUAGAGAAGAAAACGCAGAGGCCACAAAGGGCGAGCAUGCAUAGAAACCAGAUUAAAAGGACCACCUAUUCGCCCUCCAUGGUGCAUGUUCAGAGUGAUGGUGUCGAAGGCGGAGACAACGGCAUUGAAUGGGCUAUUGCUCUGAGCAACAACCUAAACUUGACUUACACGCACGGAACCCCUCCCGCUGCUGCGAAUGAAGCAUCUUCCCCCAUCAAUAUUCUAUCUAAGCCACAUUCAAUCAUGCCCCGUCGACAACCCAAAGAGCUACUCUCUAGCAGACAGCCAGCUGUGCCAGCUGAUGUUAAGGCUACACAUCAACCAGCUACUGCCGCUUCUGAUAUGUUACCUCCUUCGUUGUCAGUCAGUGGGACUCCUGAGAAUUCACAGCAGCAACAAGCGAGACACCUCCAUUCGUCAGAGAGAUCCACGACUAUAUCAGAAAUCACCGACGAAGAAGAGGCCAAGGAGAGGAAAGUACUUGUCCCGGAUCGUGCUGCCGUACAGAGCCUAAACCGACUUUUCUUCACCCCUCGCCCCGAAAGACUUCUUACUCGCGAGGAGAUGUCACGCUUCUUGGACCCAGAUCUCCUCCCUCGGUUCAACCCAGCAUUAAGAAGGCCUACAAAAAAGUAG